GUGACGGCGAAUUUUGUGAACGCGAGAAGCUUGGAAUUGAUUGACUGACGCUUUCAACGGAUCGACGAAUCUACGCAAAAAAUAUCCAUUCAAACCCGACGACUGUCGUUCCUCAACCAACCACCAAUCGAUACUUAAUUGAGGACUGAUGUGGAAUACGCCCUGAGGCUGCGACUGCUCUCUCGACCUUCUCCCGCAACCCCCCGCGAUUUGCGGCCAUGCAGCCCGUCCCCAGAACGAGGCGCACGCCGCAAAACACACAACACACAUACUCGCUCGGCCGACGGAUACACGAUGUAAAGACAUACCCCGUCCGGUCGCCCCAGGGCGCGACCAUCCUCAUCUAUGGUCACGAGAAUGGCAUCACCGUAGUUUGGCGCGGUGGUCGGAGACUCAAACCCGCAAAACAGUCGGCCAGCGAAAAGCAGAACGGCGCAAAUUCCGAAAACGCGGUCAUGGUGAUCGACUCCGACGACGAGACGCCGAGCUCAGCAGCCUUCGUCGACAAGCCCGAGUUCCUGGAUACUCCGACCACCGAUGCUCCCGUUCCCGAAAUCACCCAGACCCUCGAUCUUGCGCUGGGAACGGCGGUGCUUCACGUCGCGGUUUUGCCCAUGGCGGCAACUUCCGCUGAGGAUGCCGCCGGGAACGGCGCCAACAUACUGAAAUCCAAGAUCGUCUUCGCAGUAACAUGUGCGACCACCGACGUCUACGUGAUCACGCUGCCAUUGACACCACCUUCACACGAGAGCAAGGCGCGGCCAGAACUACGGAAGAACCUGUUGGCGGGCAAUGCAGGCACGGGGGUAUGGGGAGAGACGCUUACUCUGCUGACGGGGCCGACCCGCCCGUGCGGAGGGCUCGCCAUCACAUUGGUGAAGCACAAGCCGGGUUCUCGGAGUAGGUCGACGGAACGCCCAGCAGGACAAGCCGCCCCGGCUACUCGGGUGAUCGUUGCGGCACAUUCGCGGGAAGCAAGCGGCAUCCUACGCCUCUGGCACGUGGCUCUGGACGCGAAGCCUGGCACUGUCAACCGGGUCGAGCCAUUCCAGACUGAAUACCUGCCGUCGCCGCUGAGCAGCAUCACCUUCAACCCGACCCACACCACACAGCUUCUCACUGUUACUUCCUCGCAAGCGGCUCGCAUCUACGACUAUGCUACGGCCGCACUUCCUUCCGAUGAUGCCUCCGAAGGGCCCUUCCCGACCCAGGGCUCCUGGCUGUUGUCGCUCUAUGCUCCCUUUGCCAGGGGCCCUUCGAUGUCGACUACACGAAAACCGAUCGUGGGUGCCGAAUGGAUCACCCACGGUCGCGCCAUUCUCGUGCUUCUUGCCGAUGGCCAAUGGGGCAUCUGGGACAUCGAUGGUGCUAGCCCUUCAGCGGGCGGCACCGGCACUGGCAGUCUCUUCAGCAAGGCGAGUGCUGGGCUUCGCGGCUCAGCAAUCACGAAUUUCUCGGUCUCUGGCCACCUCGAGGGAACCAGCCCUCUCCGAAAUCCGGGGACUCAAAAGUCCUCCACCGCUCCGGGAGCAACCGGCGACUUCGUCCCCAUGACGCCCCACGCGAGACGCGACGCCGUCACGUCUGCCACUGCUGGCGGGCCAGAAAAGUUAGCAACCGUGCGUGGCGGCAUCACCGUUGCCCAGCUCGCGCCCCAAGGGACCGGACCCGGCGAGGAGAGCGCCGUGCUCUGGCUUGGAGGCACAGACCCCGUCGUCUCCGUCAUCCCCGUGAUCUCCCGCUUCUGGGACUCACAACUCCGGCGUGCCGCCGGCGGUGGCGUCAACCUCUGGAGCGGUGCCCAGCCCACCCGCAUGCUCCGCCUCGCGGACCUCGGCGCUGGGCUUCUCGGGGAGCGGUGUACCGGCGCGGCCGCCAUUCCCAAACCCGGCCGGGCGGCCACCACGAACGGAUCGUCGGCGGCAAAAGACGGCAGCAGUAACCGCGCCGAGGGCCUACCCAUCGAGGUUCUCGUCCAAGGCGAAAGCCGCCUCGUGGUCGUUCACGAGAGCGAAGAUUCGAGCUCGCUGACCAGCCGCCUUCUCGGCGCUCGCAGGAAGCCGCGGGCCGACCUCGGCCCGACCAGGGCUAUCCUUGCUUACCCUCGUCCGGAUCUGCCGGCCAGCAGCAACAACGUCUCGUUCAACCUCAGCAUUGCCCAACCACGAUCUAGAAAGACAGGCGGGCUGUUCCAGACACGCCUGCGCCCUUCCUCCGCCAAGGGAUCGUUUGAUCAGUCCGUGGACGUGCUGCCGUCGACCGAGGUUCCCGACGAGACUCAGUCGGCGCUCUCGAGCCAGCAGGGCAUGAUGUUUGUCAACGAUCUCAGCUUUGCUGCUGACCAGCCGGACGACGAACUCGAGGUGGAGGGCCGGGAUAUCGAGCAGGAACUGCUGGACAUUAUGGAGAUUGACCGCGAGCUGGUGCAGAUGGACCGUGAGCGGGAGAGAGGCACCAAGAGGGUCUUCUUCGAGGAGGACUGAAGACUCCCUCCGAUUGUGGAAGGCUGGAGAAGAAUGCUGAGUCGAGUCGAAGCAGUCUCGUACUCUUGUCACGGGAGCAGGAACAGGAGCCAGGGGCAGGAGCAGGCCACUUCGAACCGGGCCCAUCCCGCGCGGUCGACC